GAGAUACAUAAGAGCGCUGCGCGCACCACCGUGCCUGCCUGAACUAUACAGAGAAGCGACGACACACCCCGCCUAGUUCAGUCCACGACCCGUCACCACCGCUCCAUACAUUGGCGUGCUGUCUUUCAGGAGCAGCACAAGAAGCUCUUCACACAUUUCCUGGCCCUGAACGGUCGCCGCCACACGCACAUCCUCACUCUCAUCCCCAGAUCGCAAUGGAGAACGUACAGGAAUUUUUCGAUAGCCGCUUCCGUAACUUCAUGGCCUCGUUCUCGCGCCUGAAGCCCGAAGGCUGGAUUCGCCUCAUAUGGAUCGUGGGCGCCUACAUGCUCCUUCGGCCCUACCUCAUGAAACUCGGCGCCCGCGCGCAGGAGCGGCAACACGAGAAAGAAUCGGCAGAAGCGGCUGAUACCGGCGCAGAGCUGCACCCCAACGACUUGCGAGGAGGCAAGAAGGUUGCGAUACCGGGUGUCGACAGCGACGAUGAGGAAGAGAAGUCCGAGGCCAAGCCAGGACAGUGGGGCAAGAAGGCGCGUGUCAGGCAGAGGAAGCUCAUCAGGGAGACGCUAGAGAAGGAGGAGAAGCGUCUGCAGGAUGAGCAGGAGCAGGAGGACCUAAAGGAUAUCGCUGAUUUGCUGGAGGACUGAGCUCACACCAGGAUGAGCGACCUGGGUGGCGACUUCCGCGUGGUUGCUGUCACAAGCUGUGCGAGUUGGUUACGCAACGCUCCCUGGAUUGCAUGCCCCUCUG